AUGAGAGUUGCUUUUGAUGAAGCAGAUUCAAGAAGAAAUUGCAAAUCCAAACGAAGGAAUACAGCAAAUCUAAACAGCAAGAAGAAAUUUAACAGGGGUGCUUACCUAAACCCUAAGGUCAGCGCGGCCAGAGGAGGGAGAAGGAGAGCAGGCGACGAAGGCGCGGCGAGGCACGGUGUGGGUGUUGCGGGAGAAGAGAAAAACGCAACCAGGAAGAAUUUAGUUUUUCUUGAGGAUUCAUGUCAUAUGUAUGAUGCUAGAUCUGCUUUUGAUGAAGCAGAUCAAACUGGACAGGAGAGCCGGGCAGUGGAAGUGGCGAUGGAGCAAGACUUGGAUCCUUCCCACCCUUCUUCCCACCAUUUGCUUUCUGCAAUCCAAGCCAUGGAGCCUUCCCACUGUGUAAUCUCCCAUGCCAGGGCUUGUGGUGGAGGCUCAAUCACGGAACAAGUUCAACAAUUCAUCUGGGACCAUUGCCUUUCCACUUCUGGUGAUUUUCAUGUUCCUUACUUGAAGAAUUUUCUCAAGAAACUUAUUACUCAAGUUGAGUUAGACCAUGGCUAUGUGUUGGACAAUUUGUACGAAAUCUAUGCUCACUACAUGACAUCAUUCAAGGAUGAUAGUUUGGGGAAGAGAGAUGCAAGUGGAAUCUGCAAAAGAAUUUCAUUUCUUUUUCCUGAAGGAUGUUCUGAACUACAAAGUUGUCCACACUCAAGGGUACUUGUCUUUUCGUUGCAGUGUUCUCUAAACAUGCUUGAAGGUGAUACUGGAUGCUCAAUAUGGCCAUCAAGUCUGUUUUUGUCGGAGUUAAUACUUUCUCAUCCAAAAUUAUUUUCUAAUAAAUCAUGCUUUGAGAUUGGUUCAGGAGUUGGCUUAGUUGGAUUAUGUCUAGCCCACGUGCAAGCUUCCAAGGUGAUAUUAAGUGAUGGUGACCUAUCAACUUUAGCUAACAUGAAGUCUAAUUUGGAGUUGAACCACCUGAAUGUUGAAGCUAACACGCCGGAAAUAAACAAAGACCCGAACAUGGUAAAAUGCUUGUAUCUGCCGUGGGAAUCUGCAUCAGAAAGUCAACUUCAAGAUAUCAAGCCAGAUGUUGUUUUGGGUGCAGAUGUGAUAUAUGAUCCAGUUUGCCUGCCACAUCUUGUUCGAGUACUUGCCAUUCUUUUAAAUCAGAUGAAUACGGACUUUUGCAGAAAGCAUGCAAGUUGCAAGAGCCUCUCUCCAAACACUAAACAUGAAAAUGGUGAACAUAAUCAUGAAGAUGCUAUUGAUAUAUGUGACAGUAGAAUCGAAGCAAGUUAUAAUGGUGACAGUAAUAGUGUACCAAAGGAAGCACCAGUGGCUUAUAUUGCAUAUGUUAUCAGAAACAUUGAAACUUUCAACUGUUUUGUGUCCCUAGGGGAACAAGCUAACCUUGAUAUUGUGGACCUUACUGAUUCAUUGAAGCCACUAAAUCUCCUCUGCUACAUGCAAUCGUACAAUCAAGCCAGUGCAAGACUAUUGCGUAUCACUUGCAGUAAUAUGCAAUAA